CGAAGCGGCAGCAGCCACAGCAGAGGAGCAGGCGAGCCCGUCCCGUCUGUGCGUCCGCCUGUCUGCGCCAUGGAACCCGAACCAGUGGAGGAAUGUGUCCAGAGCACGCUGGCUGCCUUGUACCCCCCUUUUGAAGCCACUGCCCCCACCCUGCUGAGCCAGGUCUUCGAGGUGCUGGAGCGGACGUACCAACACGACGCCCUGCGCUACACCCUGGACUUCCUCGUUCCCGCCAAACACAUCCUGGCUCGCAUCCAGAGUGAAGCCUGUGCCCAGUACAGCGGCUUUGUGUUCUGCCAUGAGGGUUGGCCACUGUGCCUGCGUGAGAAGGUCCUGGUGCAGCUGGGCUCGCUGCCCUGGCAACGCCUCUGCCCCGGCGACUUCUACCUGCAAGUGGUGCCUCACCGGGAGUGCGCCCCACGCCUGGUACUGAAGUGCUUGUCGCCAGAGGGCCGUGGCGUUCAGGAGCUUCCCGUCUCCCCUGACUCCUACCCCUUCCUCUUCACCGUCGAGUGGCUCAACGGCAUUAACAAGGAGCGCCGGGUGGGGCGCCUGGAGCGCUGCCUGCUGGCGGCCGGCGAGAAGGUGCUGAGCCUGCCUUGGCCUGAGCUGGUGUACCCCCAGUUUGUGCACAAAGACGGCUUCAUCGUGGGGCAGCGCUGCCCAGCGGAUUUGGCCCCUGAGGUGCUGGGGGCACGGAGCCCCGGGGACGGGCGCCAUUCCGGCGGAGAGAACCGGGAGUCCGAGGGGGAGUACGUCCACCUCUUGGAGGUCAGCCCUACCCUCCAUCAGCCUCCCAAGAGCCCCCAGCUGUGUGGUCCCCAGAUCCAGACCAUGCCCGCCCGCAAGGGGCAUGGCAAAAGCCGGAGCCGGCGCCACCGGGCCUGGCUGCACCACAAGUCCGGGUGCGGGGAAAACUUUGCUUUGCGCCAGGCCUGCAAAACCCAGGAGGCGGAGAGGUCUAGUCAAGAGAGUGGCGCCCAGGAGGACAGAGCGGAUCAGCCAAGGGAAAGUCCAGGUCCGGCAUUGGGUCAAGCGUUGGAAGACUCUCCGUUGGUGGGGAGCUUGAGUCCUGGGCAAUUGGAGCAAAACCAGGGGCCCUCUGGAACUACGACGCGGCCAGCCCUCUUCAGUGGCGGAGAUGCUGCUGCCGCUGAAGACUCAGAACUACGAAAACUAGAGCUCCUGGCAUCCCUUCACCAAGACCCCGUUUCUUCCAGCAACGACAACCAAUCUGCAGUGUCUGCCACGCCAAAACGCGCUGCCAAGGGCAACCGCAGGAAAAAAAAGGGCGCCGGUAGAGGGGCCGGUGGCCGGAUUAGGCAGGGGGAUGAUUUGGCAAGCAAAGAAGCAGGGGCUUCUGCCGACACGAAAGAGGUUGGGAAGGGAGAAGUUUGCAUUGGAACAGGAGAGCAAGAUUCAGGGAAUGGAGAAGCCAGCGCUAGUACCCACGAGCAGGCUGUCGGCACUGGAGAAGGCUGUGUUGACAUCGCGGAUUGUAGCGGCACCCAGGAGCAAAGCCACGUCACAGGGGACCAGAGCCUUGGCGCUGGAAAGGAGGAUGUCGUUGGCACCAGUGAGUUGGAUGUUGGCACCGGGGAGUGUAGCGCUGGCACCGGGGAGCCAGGGAGCAGCGUGGAAGAACGUUGCAUUGGCACAGGAGAUGGCAGCACUGGAGAAAGGAGCGUCAGCCGGGAAGGCCCAAGCCUUUGCCCUGAAGGCCCAGUUGCCGCAAUUGAGGCUGGCGAACCGAGGGUUGGCACGGAGGAGCAGAGGGUUCACGCCACAGAACCACAGGGGGUGGAUAGUUCUGAAGAACCGUGCGUGAGAGAACAGGGCCUUGUCAUUGGCACCGAAGAACCGACGUUGGCCAAAUUGCCAGGGAAGGCCAAGCCGAGAGUUGAUGGGAGAGAAGCCCUCCAAAGUGUAGCCACUGAUCGGGAGGCAGAGGAAACUCAGAAUUCCCCUCUCCCCGCUGUGGCUCAUCUCGGGCAGUCCGUAGACUGGCAGCUUCUGCAGUCGGGUGUCUUUGCUCUAACAGGAGGAUUGGACAGGGCAGGGCGCUCCUUGCUGACGGUGGUGCCGCAGCCUCUUCAAGAUGAACUGCCUCCUGGACAAGAGGUUCUAGUCAAAACCUUGAGAUACAUGCACUCACUUCUCAGGCAAGAACUGAAGGCCCUUGGGCUGACGGUGCUGUUGGACUUGAGCCAGGUGGAUGACUGGGCCCUCCAGGCCCCCGUGCUGCUGCCAGCCUUACGGACAUUCCAGGAGAAUUCUCCGCCCCCGAUCAGUCAGCUGCUGGUGAUCCUACCGCCUGAUGACCGUUUUGUGCCCCAUGAAGAGGAGUUGGUCUUGGAACCUGCUGCGGCGGUGCAGCUUCUUCCUCUUUCGGAACUGCCACGUUACGUAGCCCUGGACCAGCUGCCUCCAGCGCUAGGUGGGACCCUGCACUACUUGCCAUCCAAAUGGGUUGGGGAACACCAGGCUCUUGAGCAACUACAAACACUCUGCCGUAGUGUUCUACGGGCUGUGUGUGAAGUCAGUGCCCACUUAAAGGCACUGGGAACUGCUUCAAGUCAGGAGGAACUGUCAGCCCAGAUCACCUUGCAUCAAAAGACUAUGCAGAAACUGCUCUCAGAACCACGUCUCCUGGAGCUGCAGCGCCGUGGCGGGUCCUUGCUGGCACGGCUGCCUCCCCUGGGGCCCUGCAGUACAGAGGCUGUGGCUGCCACCAGGCUCUACCAAGAGGUGGAUGAGGCCCUUCACGGGCUUGUCCAGCUCAGCAACCGGCGCCUGGAGGUGUUGCAGCAAGAGCGGGAAAACACACAGAUUCAGCAGCAAACAAUGGGCAGCAACAGCAUAGAAGAGAAGAGGCCAACUGAGGGGCUGGCUGAGGGGUCAUCCCUGGAGAGGACACUGUUGCAGAGCCCCAAGUCCCAAGGGAGGAUGCAGGCCGGGCCAGAAGCUGGCUGUGCCCCACGGCCCCGGGCCUGCAGCAUCAGCGCUUCCUCCUCGCCCAAGCAUGGCUGGGGCCUGGGGGCCCGGUUUGGCUCCUCUUGCAGCCUGACCUCUCUCUUCCAGCCCCACGCCAGCCCCAAGGCCUCCCCUUGCUGUUCCCCCACUCAGCGCAGUGCUCUGGACAGUGGCAAGAAGAGGCAGGGCCCUCCCGCCAGCCCCAAGACCCCCCUGUCUCCCACCUCUCCCUUAGCACUGCGGGCCUCGAGCGACCCGGGCCGCCCCAGCGUUCACAUCCGGGGCCUGGAGGUGAGCAGCCGCGAGCUGGCCGAUCGGAGCUGUUCUCCCAGGGAGCACGUGUUGCUGAGCCGUAGUGGGACCCACGUGGCUGAAGCACCUUGGGGGGCCACGCCCCGCACAGAAAGAAGGCGCUGCCUUGGGGUCCAGCAGCAGCUUCUGGCCGAGCUGCUGGAGUGUGAGCGGGACUACGUGGGCGCCCUUGCCCAGCCCGUCUCCCUGUCCCAGGAGCCCGGGGGACAGGCCUGGCCAGCCGAGCUGAGGUGCCUGGGCAGCGCUCUGCGGGCCACGCGGGACCAGUUGCUGGCUUUCCACACCAGCUGCUUCCUCAGCGAGUUGGAGGGAUGCAUGAACCACCCGUCACGCGCUGGGGGCUGCUUCCUGCGCCACGGAGAGAAGCUUCAGCUUUACGCCACCUAUGUCAAAGACCACCACAAGUUCCAGGCGGCCCUGGCUGUGCUGCGAACCACCAGCAAGAAGGGCCCAGCGGAGCUGCGCGAGGAUGGGCAGGUGGCCCGCAUGUUGCGCGUGCCCCUGGAGCAGCUGGAGCGGUACCGGCGCUUCCUGGGUGAGCUGCUGCGUGAAUGUGAGCUGGAGCGGGGCCCUGACCGCCACGCCCUGCAGGAGGCCCAGCAACUGCUGGAGGCCCAGGAGCAGCGAGGCCGGGACCUGCUGGCCGCGGAGCAGAUCCGGGGCUGCGAGGUGAAGCUGUCGGAACAAGGGCCGCUCCUCCAGCGGGGCGAGCUCACCGUGGUGUGCGGCCGCCGCAAGUGCCAGCGGCACAUCUUCCUCUUUGAGCAGCUGCUGCUCUUCGCCAAGUGCAAGGGAGCCGAGGGCGGCUACGUCUGCAAACAGGCCUUGCAGACCGCUUGCAUGGGCCUGACAGAGAGCGUGGGGCCUAGUGGGCUACGCUUUGAGCUGUGGUUCGGACGGGGACCAGCCCGGCAGGCCUUCACGCUGCAGGCACCCUCUGCUGAGGUCAAGCAUCAAUGGACGAGCGUUAUAGCCCAACUGCUGUGGAGACAGGCUGCCCAUCCGGCUGCCUCGAUGAGCAUCUCCUCCCGCCCUCCCCAGCGUUUGGCCCCUCUCGGCCUUGGCCCGGGGCCCCCUCCUGGGCUGUCGUUGCCCGGCCACUUUGAGGAAGAGGAAUGGGACCUGGAUGUGAAGCCCAUCCCAAGGGCUGAGACCUCCGAGUCGGACGGAGCCUCCCCGAGCCACCAAGAACCACUUCGGCAGGGAAGAGGAUCCCUUCCCGGCAGCAGCUCUGCUUUGGGGCACCACCAGUCGCGUUGGGUAUGGAGCCUACAUCGGAAGCUCUUCUCCCCAAGCGGCCAUGGAAGGCAGGACUCCGUGCCCAGGGGCUCUGGGAACAGAACAGUCUAAGCCCCACAGAACCUUGGAGGGGGGAUGGAAGCACGCAUGGGCACCUGUGUCCAGCAGUACCGUGGCCGGCUCCACCAAGUCGGCUGAUGGCUCUCCCACGCACCCCUCUGCUGCUGCCGCCCCAUAGGAACAUCCAGACUUGGCCACAAUCCUACCCUGGAAUGGCUCUGGCCUACCUGAUAAUACCCACCCAGUGCCUUUCCCACCAUUUUCUCUUGCUGCAAAAUUACUGGAGGCCCUUGGGCAAGCUGACCCUGUUGGUGGUGAGAUGGGUUGUUGUCCCAGGCAAAGAAGGCCAAACCAAGGAGCUCCGUUUGGGCCCAAACUGAGGUGCAGACUGGGAGGAAGGAAUUUUGCAGUCAGUCUUGCUCCACUGAUGAUCAAAUAAGGUUGAUGCCCAAAGUGUCUCGAAAUGCUUGGUGCCGCAUUCUGAUCGCAGCUGCAGCCUCUAGAUCAAUUGGUAUUCGCUUAGU